CUAAACUGCUGAAUUUUGUAAUUUCUAAAAUCAGGAGAGAGAAUAUUCACAUCAUCACAGAGAUCCGUCGCCGACUAUCGCCGGAGCCAUAUCUUCCGUCCUUCUCCGGCAAUUCUUUCUUCGGAUCAAUUUCUAGACAGCCGAUCUCGCCGUGAAAAUGACAACUUCAAGGAGGCUUGCCGACAGGAAGGUAGAGAAGUUUGAGAAGAAUAUCAAUAAACGUGGAGCGGUUACCGAUUCGAGCGCGAAGAAGGGAAACAACUUAGCUGUUGGCCCAGUCUUGAUUGGGUUUUUCAUUUUUGUCGUCAUUGGAUCAUCCCUAUUCCAGAUAAUCAGGACGGCAACAAGUGGAGGCGUGGCUUAACUUGGCUCAUCUUAAGAGUGGCGUUACAUUUCAAAAUGUCGAAGCUUUAUGUUGUUCUGUAAAACUAUCCCGGCUUUGUUUCUCUCUCACUAUCGUAUAAUUAUCAGAAUCCUUUUGAUGCGAAUA